AUUUCUUCUAUUUACUGAAAUCAACCGGCGGCUAGGGUUUCGUUAGUGAGAGAGAGAGAGAGAGGUGAAGAACAAGUUUCUCUGAAAAUGGCGACUCCAGCAGUUGAAUCCGUUCAAUGUUUCGGCCGCAAGAAGACUGCAGUAGCAGUCACUCACUGUAAGCGCGGUCGCGGAUUGAUCAAGAUCAAUGGCUGCCCUAUCGAGCUUAUUGAGCCAGAGAUCCUCCGUUACAAGGCCUACGAGCCCGUGCUCCUUCUCGGCCGUCACCGAUUCGCCGGCGUCGACAUGCGCAUUCGCGUCAAAGGAGGAGGUCACACUUCUCAGAUCUACGCCAUCCGUCAGAGCAUCGCCAAAGCUCUAGUUGCUUUCUACCAGAAGUUCGUCGACGAGCAGGCGAAGAAAGAGAUUAAGGACAUCCUUAUGAGGUACGAUCGUACUCUUCUUGUUGCUGAUCCUAGGCGUUGCGAGCCUAAGAAGUUUGGAGGUCGUGGUGCUCGAUCUAGAUUCCAGAAGUCUUACCGUUAAGAACGCCGACUACGGUAUUCCUAUCUUUUGCAGAAGUAUGUUUCAAUUCGUAAUCGUUUUCGUAGACUUUAUUAUAUACUAGUUGUUGGAUUGAUCAUGGUUUUGGAUCUAUUAAUCUUAUUAUUUUCCGUUGAAUGUGAACUGUUUCAGUUUGGUUGAAUACAUUUGGUUUGAUUUUCAUU